AGCAAAAUGAAGCAUAUAAAAUAUUUAACCAUAUACAGACUGUAUUUCAAAACGUAUUCAGCGAGGUAAUAUUUUAUCAUGAACACAAUACCAUUCCAUCUGUAAUUAUACCCUGUGACAAUCAUAUAGCCACCUGUCCAGAUCACAAACUGAAUUCGCAUGUAUUUUAAUUGUCCGACUUUCAAUCGUUGGAUAUUUCGGAGUUCCCUGUCGAUUAGGUCGAAUUUAUUGAAUAGUUUUUGCACUUUUCGCAGGCGUAUAUAGUUCAUAGUGUAGAACAACUCCCAGUUGAUGAUGUUGACGAUAAACAGUUGCACCGAACGCGAGAUCAUGCCUGUUGAUGACUCUUGAUUAUUCGUGAAUGUUGCGUACAUUGUGUAAAUUGAUAAAACUGUGUUAAUCAGGACGACGACUGUGAGAUAUUUUGUAUUACGGUAGAAAAUUUUGGAUUUUUGAUCGUAGAAAGGAAGCAAAGUAAGUUCCGGGUUCGCCAGUCUGCGCGGGACCACGCGUGGAUGCAAUCAAAAUAAAUAUUAACAAUGUUCCUCAUUUUUGUGUUAAUCCUGGGUGGUAAUCUACUCUGGCCUAGUGAGUCAAUAAUGUUUUCCCAGGGUAAAUACAGGGCGGCUGUUGUCGAAUUCGACGCACUUCCGGAACCAUUCCUAUUUCCGCAUGAAGUUAUGUUGAAUAAUGCCGAGCAAUAUCUGAAACUAAUUGAGCGAGCUUCCGAAAAAAGAGUUGAUAUUAUAGUAUUUCCGGAAGAUGGCCUAACCACACUGGAUGUUGCGAAAAAAACUCCGCAAAAACUCGCGAAUUAUAGCAUUGAAGUUCCGGAUCCGGCGAUUUAUCCAAAUCCACGCAUUAAUGAAUCUUAUAAUAAGGUCCUGCGAAUGCUCUCGUUUGCCGCGCACGAACAUCACAUGUACAUCGUCAUUAAUUUAAUCGAGAAAUUUAAAGAUAUCGGUUUUACAUUUUAUUACAACACCGAUGUAGUUUUUGAUCGGAAUGGGGUCAUUGUUGUUCGAUAUCGAAAAAUUAAUUUAGUAAAUGAUCCGAAAUUGCAUCCUGGGAAAGAGUUGGCGAAGUUUCGGACGGAUUUCGGAGUGACUUUUGGCAUUUUCACUUGUAAUGACAUUUUAUAUCGACGGCCCGCUGUUGAUAUCGUGCAAGAUAAAAAUCUUACUGAUAUUAUAUUACCGUCUGCGUGGUAUUCAGAAACACCGUUUAUACAAAGUCUUAGCAUUCAAGCUGGAUAUGCAAGGGCCACAGGUGUGAAUUUAUUAGCAGCUGGAUUGAACUAUCCGCCUAUGUAUGGCGGCAGUGGUAUUUACCUACACGAUGGGCGCAUUGCUGAACUUUACAUUUCACCCUCAAAGUCCAGCAAAUUAAUUAUUCAGGACGUGCCCAAAUCUCGCGUCAAAUUAUCAGCUAUAAAAUGCAAUAAUAACUCACACCCCACUCCACGAUUUCGACUCGGUGGUCAUCUAAACGAAGGAAUGCUCAAUACUCCGCAUGAAGAUAUGAGUUUACACACCCUUCACCCUUUGAAUUUCCACGAUUUGGAAACAAAAGUCAAACUUUGCAACUACAACGGUGAAUAUUGUUGCAGGUUUCGUGUAGUUUUGCAAGAGAGACCUGCGUUUCACGAUCCGAAAUAUAUGUUAGCUUUAUUUUAUGGUGUGCGAACCUUUGGCGACACAACGAUCGGCGUUCGUUCUUGCGGGCUGAUAGCGUGUCUAAACAAAGAUAAAUCGACAUGCGGUAUGCGUAACCACACAUCACGCAGCGAAACAAUUUUCAAGCAAAUAUCAAUACGUGGGAAUUUCGAUCAUGGCUACAAUGACAAUUUCGAUAUGCCUAUCACCCUCACCUAUGAGCAGCUGCCGCUAACCGAAUACACGUAUUGCGAGACUCUCACCGAUGAUAAGAAAGCGGUGCUCGCCGAAAUGCGCAGCACGCAACCGUUGACAAAUUUAAUGUCUUUUGGAAUUUUCGGCCGCAUGUACGUCUAUGACGGGAGAAAUCCGGGAAUUAUUACGAAUGGCGUACACUCGACGCUCUCAAACAACGUUUUAGUUGUUUGCACAUUGAUAAUGAUUCUACUCGUGCGAAAAAAUGUUUAGAUUCAAUCGUUGAACGAAAAAAAAAAGUUACGCUUAGCAGUAUUAUUGAGAAAAUAGCUUUUCAUGGUCUAAAAAUGCACCGAGUACAUCGCAAUAAUACAUCAGUAUUAUAUUUUAUCUAAAAAUUGAUAAAAAAUCUAUUUUCAACGUGUUUGAAAGUUUAAUGAUAUUAAUAAUUAGCUAGCUGUGAAACUUGAGGUAUAUUUUCCUACAAAACUACUAGUUGUAGUUGUAGUUGAUAAACAAUUAGGUAAUAAUUCACAUGUUCUAUGAAUAAUAUAUUAUAAGAAUGUACUUAUUUACACGCACACACGAAUAAUGUACGCAUAGCACGUAUUUUUCUACGUUAGAUUGUUUCCUAUUCGUUCGGAAUUGCUGGAUUGUGAAUUGUAAAUGCAAUGUGCCUUCGCGACGGCCUUAAAGCACGAAUAUGCGAACCAAAAAAUGAAAAAUAUGUACCUGCUCUAUGUGUGCGACUUGCAAAGAUGAUAUAUGUAUAGAUUUAUUUUUCAAUCUAUCUAUUUACAGACUUACUCACUCACCGCACGAACAGGCAAACGCGCUUUUACUAUUAAAAUUGUUGACGCUGCUUGUUUGCGAAUGUGAGGUCACAAGUUAUAAAUUUACUAAGUUAUAUUGAGUAAUAUGAUUUCAUGUUCAAAUAUAGUUUAAUAAAGUACAUGGAAAGUA